AUGAGCAGGUCGGCGGCGCUCCUGCUCUGCCUGCUGGGCUGCCACGUCUGGAAGGCGGUGACCAAGACGCUGCGGGAGCCUGGCGCCGGAGCCCAAGAGGUCACCCUGAAGGUCCACAUCAGUGAUGCCAGCACUCAUCAGCCCGUCCCUGAUGCGCUCAUUGAGAUUUUCACCAACCAGGUCUCCAUUGCCUCUGGUACCUCGGGGACAGAUGGCGUUGCCUUCAUCAAAUUCCAGUAUAAGCUGGGCAGUCAGUUGAUUGUCACGGCCACAAAGCAUGCCUACGUGCCAAACUCUGCCCCCUGGAAGCCCAUCCGGUUACCUGUAUUUUCUUCACUAAGCCUGGGCCUGCUUCCAGAACGAUCCGCUACCCUGAUGGUGUAUGAAGACGUUGUCCAGAUAGUCUCAGGAUUCCAAGGUGCCCGGCCGCAGCCUCGAGUGCACUUCCAGAGAAGAGCCCUGCGGCUGCCGGAAAACACCAGCUACAGUGACCUGACCGCCUUUCUCACGGCCGCCGGCUCCCCCUCCGAGGUGGACGGCUUUCCUUAUUUGCGAGGAUUAGAUGGAAACGGAACAGGAAACAGCACCAGGUACAACCUAACCCCCGUCACAGCCGUCAGCGUCCACUUGCUCAGCAGCGAUGGAACCCCGGUACUGGUGGAAGGCCCCAUUUACGUCACCGUGCCCCUGGCCGCACAGAGCAGUCUGAGGCACAAUGCCUAUGUCACGGCGUGGCGGUUUGACCAGAAACUGGGAACGUGGCUGAAGAGCGGUCUUGGCCUCGUGCACCAGGAAGGCAGUCAGCUGACGUGGACAUACAUCGCCCCUCAGCUGGGGUACUGGGUGGCUGCCAUGUCUCCUCCCAACCCAGGUCCAGUUGUCACACAGGACAUCACCACGUAUCAUACAGUCUUUCUUUUGGCCAUCUUGGGAGGAAUGGCUUUCAUUCUUUUGGUUUUGCUGUGUCUCCUUUUAUAUUAUUGCAGGCGGAAGUGCUUGAAACCCCGCCAGCACCAUAGAAAACUGCAGCUUCCUGCCACCCUGGAGAGUUCCAAAAGGGAUCAGUCGACUUCCAUGUCACACAUCAACCUGCUGUUUUCUCGUCGGGAAUCAGAAUUCCCCGGUCCACUCUCUGUCACCAGCCAGGGUCGCCCACCAGAUGCCCCGGGCUCAAAGGAGCUUAUGAGUGGAGUCCAUUUAGAGAUGAUGUCUUCCAACGGGGAGGUGGACAUGCACACCCCCAUGCUGAAGCUCUCCUACAGCACCUCCCAGGAGUUCAGCUCCCGGGAGGAACUCCUGUCUCACAAGGAAGAGGACAAAAGCCAAAUCUCCUUUGAUAACCUGACACCAAGUGGGACGUUGGGAAAAGACUACCAUAAGUCGGUGGAGAUCUUCCCCUUAAAGGCUAGGAAAUCUAUGGAAAGGGAAGGCUACGAGUCCCCUGGCAACAGUGACUAUAGGAGGAGUUACAACGCCAUGCUCUCGCAGCCUUUAUUUGAAAAGCAGGACAGAGAGAGUCAGGCCUCCGUGACCCACAUUUCCACAGGAAGUAAGCUCACCAUUCAGGAACACAUGUACCCCGCGCCUUCAUCUCCGGAGAAAGACCAGCUGCUGGAGCGCAGACCUACUGAAUGUAUGAUGUCGCGAUCCGUGGACCACCUGGAAAGACCUACCUCUUUCCCGCGACCCGGCCAGCUGAUCUGCUGUAGUUCCGUGGACCAGGUCAACGACAGCGUUUACAGGAAAGUAUUACCCGCCUUGGUCAUACCGGCUCAUUACAUGAAACUCCCAGGGGACCAUUCGUACGUGGGCCAGCCCCUGGUCGUCCCAGCCGACCCGCAGCUGGAGAUCGAAAGGCUGCAGGCCGAGCUGUCCAGCCCGCACGCAGGGAUCUUCCCACACCCCUCCGCGCAGAUCCAAGCGCAGCCCCUCUCUUGCCAGGCCAUCUCGCAGCAGCACCUGCAGGAUACGGGCGCCCGGGAGUGGACCCCACAGAGCGCAUCCAUGUCGGAGUCGCUCUCCAUCCCAGCAUCUCUGAACGACGCGGCCUUGGCUCAGAUGAACAGCGAGGUCCAGCUUCUGACAGAAAAGGCGCUGCUGGAACUCGGGGGUGGGAAGCCCCUUCCCCAUCCCCGGGCCUGGUUCGUCUCCCUCGAUGGCCGGUCCAACGCGCACGUCAGACAUUCCUACAUUGAUCUCCAAAGAGCAGGGAGGAACGGAAGCAAUGAUGCCAGUUUGGAUUCUGGCGUGGAUAUGAAUGAACCAAAAUCUGCCCGGAAGGGAAGAGGAGACCCCUCGACUCUGCCGCAGAACCACGCACCCGUCCAGGAACAUCCGCAGAAGGAGUCGAGGGCCGCGGACAGCUCGGCCUACACGCAGCUCGUGUACCUGGAGGACAUGGACCAGAGCGGCAGCGAGGCCGGCACCACGGCCGGGACGCCCGAGGACAGUGCUCUGCGGUGCCUGCUGGACGGCUCCAGCCGGAGGAGCGGCGGCCAGCUGCCCAGCCUGCAGGAGGAGACGACGAAGCGAACUUCGGACGUUGCCCCCGAGCCCGCGGCCAGUCCCGACCAGAGGCGAUCCGCCCCGCAGGAUGAGGAAGACGACGAGGACGACGACGACCAGGGCGAAGACAAGAAGAGCCCAUGGCAGAAACGGGAGGAGAGACCCUUGAUGGCAUUCAACAUCAAAUGA